GGCGGAUGGUGAUUGGUCGCUGCUGCUGUCCAAUCGGCGGCGGGCUGUCCGAUUCAAAUCGGGAUCGUUGGGCCUGUUGGUCGUUGGUCUUAGUCGAGUCGUUACCUUGGCCGGACGUGGAGGUGAGGUCUGCUCUUCCAGCUCUCUUGCCCUCCGCCCCGCUGCGAGCCGGCAGGAUGGCCCACAAGCAGAUAUACUACUCGGACAAGUACUUUGACGAGCACUACGAGUACCGGCAUGUCAUGUUACCCAGAGAACUUUCCAAACAAGUACCCAAAACCCAUCUGAUGUCUGAAGAGGAAUGGAGGAGACUUGGUGUCCAACAGAGUCUAGGCUGGGUUCAUUACAUGAUUCAUGAACCAGAACCGCAUAUUCUUCUCUUUAGACGACCUCUUCCAAAAGAUCAACAAAAAUGA